UUUUUUGCAAACUGCCUCGAUUUAUAUAUGAAGCAAUCAUUCCUCAUCUUAGGAGCUGGAAACUCUGCUCGCGAAGUUCUGACUAUUGAAAAAUUUCCUAAUCGAAAUAUUUCAAUUCUACGUUCCACUUCGUUCCAAGCUCAAUUGAAAAUCUGAAGCUCCGCUACGAUUUUUGCUCUCGCAAUGGACAGGGGAAGCUCUAUAGGAAAUUUUCGACGCGGCUUUGUAAGUAAUCCAAUGGGCAUUACGCCCAGUCAUGCUACGGCACGGAGACUGGCGUAUGGAGAAGAAAUGUCACGCGCCGAGCCCGCAACAACACGGGCCAACAUCGGAUCGUCAGAACUAUGUUCAAGAAAAAGAUCGAAUCUGUGUUCAUCCUUACACCACGAGCUCGCGCCGAGAAUGCUUCUCAAAAAGGAACUAUGUUUUUUGUGUGAAAAAAUAUUGAGUUUUGGUAAAGUAGCAUUGCGCUGCGCCCGUUGUAAUGAGGUGAGGUGUAUCGAGUGCAAAGCAGUUCCUCGAAAGUCAAAUGGCUCAGCACCGAGCACAUCCGGUCGUCGCGAUGAUUCGAAAAAAUUCGCUGAUUAUGCUCCGAACGAACCGCCUUUUGUACCAUCUCUGAUCCUCCACUGUAUCGAAGCGAUCAGAUCACAUGGUAUGAAGAAUGAAGGUUUGUACCAACAGACAAGAGAACCCGACGUAGUCACUUUUCUGGUCGAGGAAUUUUCCAAUGGGAAAAUUCCGGACUUGAGUGAAGUUCCCAUUUCCGCAAUUUGCUCGACGCUGCUACGUUUUAUGAGAUCGUUGUCAGAGCCACUCGUCACUUUCGAACUUCGGGACGAAUUUAUUCGUGCAGCUUUGAUAUCUAAAAAAGGAGGGGGGAACGGAGCUCUUCUUACAGUAAUUUCGAAACUUCCACGGGUGAAUCGCGACACUCUGGCUUAUCUCAUACUUCAUCUACAACAAGUAUCCAGGAGCCCGGAAUGCGCAAUGUCCGUAGACAAAUUGGCCAGAAUUUUCGGACCCACCCUGCUCGCUUACGGUGACAUCGAACUCACUGACGAGACGUUGGACAUUGAAACGGAAAAACAAUAUGAGGUUUUUCGGAGGUUGAUGAGCAUUUCUGCGCAUGAAUGGGCCAGGUUCAUUAAUUUCGAGGCUCUUGAGAACAGGUUGAUGAGGGAAACUAGAACGACCAUAUCCCCUGCUACAUCAACUUCGGACUUGGACGACGAUGAUAUGUUUUAAAAGAAAUAUUUUCACUACGUAUUUUUGAUUUCGCCGGUACUUGCUAAUGAAAAAGGAUUGAAAAAGGUGUAUUUCUAAAAUCACAACUGUUUUAUAUUUUUCCGUGUUACAGUUUGAAUGUUUAAAUUCCAGACGCAAUUGUAUUUUCGUGCGCUCACCAGUUUGUUCAAUAUUCUCACAAUCAGUUCAGUUUAAUAAAUCUGAAAAAUUCUCGUUCAAAA